ACACACACAUAUUCCCACACAUACACGUCCUCACACACGGAGUCGCUGCGCGUUGGAGCAAACGUCUGUCGGUACUGCCUCCGUUGCGCCCCGGUUACCGAAAAGCGGCUGUUUGAUUUCGCAGUCUGCGGCGAGCCUCGUCGUGACAGAGUUUGGAGACGGCUGAAGGAGCAGUGAAGGAGGGGGAGAGAGGAAAAGGUGGUGUCCUCCUGUCAGAAACACACGCUCUCUCCGACACAUGGUCGACAGUGGGAGACGGAAGGGGCGAGAGUGACUCCGGGACUGACAGAGAUCCAGAAACACACUCACAGAAAGAAAGAGGCAGUCGGCCAUCUGUGGGUCGGUCCCCUGCUAUUCUGCAGCUGUGCCGGAGUCAGCGAAUGCUUCUCCGUCAGUACUUCAGAAACCGCAGAGUGAGAUAACGGGGUUCUCCCUACAUCUCAACACUCAGGGGGAUGAGCCAAGGCUAGGGCGAUGUUGAGGCCUCGCUGGCCUUGGAUUAGGCCCCUGGGGCUCCUGCUUUGGAGGGAUGGGUGAUACCCCAGCUGGAUGUUCCGCUGUCGCCAUCCUCCACAGCUGUCAUUAGCAGCUAAUGAGCUGCUGCUAGAGAGGAAACGAAGAAGGUGCCUGUGGAGAGAGGAGGAACUUUACAGCUGUUAUUAAGAGGCCCAGAGCUCUCAGACAAGGCAUUUGUACUUUUUUCAUCCUCUGCAAGAGGCUGGAACCUUUUAAAGCUCUUAUUGGUGCUAGCGUGAAAGGAUAUGGGCUUUGGAAGUUUUUGGUAUAGACAUUUAUUUUUUGCCAAUUUUUAAAUUUAAAUUACAGUAUUAUGUGUUACCAUGCUUUAAAAGACAUAUUUUUUAGUAAGAUGACUCAGUGUUAAGACAGUAAUUAUUUCCAAACUUAGUUUCAACAUAACUUCGUAAUCCAUCCUUUUUUUUGUUAAAGCUAUAUUGUUAUACACUUUGAUAUUAUUUUAUGCCCUGAAGGACGUUACCAUGGCAGCAGCCUAUCGUGUUGUUGUGAGCAGUGUGAGCUGCUACAACAGUGUGGUAGUGGACCGGCGCACUCACUCUCACGCCGUGCACUACUGCUCGGGGCCAUGUGGGGCGCUCUCCCAAGGUUUAGACUGUACCGUUGCACACCGUGGCACCUGCUCUGAGCUGCUUAUCGCACCUGACUCUGCAUACAUUGACCCAAACAGCUCCCUCAUACACCCCCAUAACAUGAUCACACAACAACUCCCCAACCAUGGUAGAAGUAUUGUUGCCAUGGAUACUAGUUAUAAUGGUCUAGAGAGAGCGGGCAGCAGUGGCAAUUUGUCUUUAGGGGAUGACAGCCCCACGUGGCGUGGCAAAAAGGCCCCGAGCAGCGGAGGAUCCACCGGGAACCUGAGCUCCUCUGGCAGUCUGAAGGACAUUACCGAAGAGGCCAUCAACUUGGCCAGUGGUAAGCUCAAAGAGUUUUCUUUUGACAAGCUCCGCCUCUCUUCCUCCAGCCACGUCACCUUCCGGAAGGGUCGCAAGGUGCGUCCUGACUCUCUAAGCCGUCGCUCCACCGACCUAGAGAUCAUCUACGGCCACUUCAGCUCCAACAUCACCACAAAUGGAACUAUAACUAAUGGCAUGACAAAUGGGACAUCUAAUGAUGAGAACCUGCCGCCGUUCGUGCCAGGGAAGGUGGCGAGUCUGGAGGAGACGAAGCUAAAAGGCAGCACGGCCACCUUGUCGGCUAUCACCAAAGUGGGUGGUGGAUCAACAAGCAGUCUAUCGAGUAUCGGGUCUUUGGACCAAAGUUUGAAUACGGUGGCCUCCUUGUACCGCAACACCCUAGGAGAGGAGAACCUGAUUGCUCGUCUGCUGGAGAAGACACGGGGGGAGGCGGGCACUGGUGGAGCGGGCGGUGAGGACAUCCGCGCCUGCCUUGACAUCCUGCUUAAAUGUUCUGAAGACUUAAAGAAAUGCACCGACAUCAUCAAGCAGUGCAUCAGACACAAAGCUGGUGGAGGCCCGGAGGAUGGAGGAGCAAGUCCUGACAGCGUAUACCGGGCCGUUAUGUCCCGACUGAGCUCCUAUUUGAGGAAAUUACCUCUGGAGCUGGAGGGAAUUGGAAGUUUGGGAGGCAGCGGGCAAGGGGGUCAGGGUGCACCUGGAAGUGGGCACAGCGAUCUUGCAGAGCUGGUCAACACUCUUCACUCUAUUCAGCAGGGACCGUACUCUCCGAUUUUUGGCAAUGAGCAACCUCCUCGCUAUGAGGAUGUGGUGCUGUCACCUCCCAUCCCAAAGACUGUCCCAUCAUCUACUCCUUCGUCUGUGUCAUUGUCCAUCUCAUCGUUAAAAUCAGACUCCAUCCACACAAAACCAGUCCAAAGUUCCCCGUCCAGAGCAUCUCCACUCACUAACGGACUACAACAUCCUUCUCCUAUCACACAACACACACUCUCUCCUCCAUCUAUCCCAUCCAGCUCCUCUCCAACACACUCCCCUUCACCUCUACGCACCUCCCCGACCCCUCCAUACACACACACUCCUCCAGCAUCCCCCAUGGAGGCUCUUUAUAUUGAGGAGGAGGAGGCAGAUGUGGGAAAAAUGCCAGAACAAAUCCCACAACACACUCCAACCAGAGGGGUGAACGCUACCCAGAACAAAAACGGAAUAACGUUGGGUCAACACAUGCACCUGUCCCAUCCACACACACUCCAUAACUCUUCAAACACGACAUACAGCCCUACCUGGCCUUCAUCUCCCUCAAUAACAGCACCCAAAGCUGUUUCACACAGGAAUGAUGACAUUGACAAGCUGCUGAUGGACUUGGAGAAUCUGUCUCAGAGUAUGAGCCAUCCAAGAACCACAGAGCCUCCGCUUCCUGCAAAAACCAGGAAGCGAGAUGGAGCUCAGGCUAUAAGUUCCAGUGAUGCCCUAACUCAGCCUAAAAUGACCCAGUUCCAAGUCCAGAAGCCAGCGAGCCACCUAACCAUGAACGGCCCCACUUCCAGGACUCCCCAGAGUCUCCCUCCUUCCCAGGGAGGGAGCAGUGACUCUGUGGUGGGAGAAGAGGAGGAUGGAGCACUGCUGCUGAGGAUCCUGGAGAGCAUUGAGAGUUUUGCACAGGAGUUGGUGGAUUCUGGGGCGGGGAGCACAGGGAGUGCUGAGAGGAACAGUGGCAAAGAGCGGGAGGUGAUGAGGCUCCUGCAGGACACUCUGGCCACUACCGGCAGGGCUGAUACCCCUCUGGGAAGCACAACCCCACCAGCUGCUCCUACUGCUCCGUCCACCUACACAAAUGCAGCUGCACAAAUCCCAGCUAUACCACCAAAACACUCUCUGGUAAAUGCACCUGCAGUUCCACCUGCACCAACACCUAUAACUACAGUACCUGAAGCUUUGUGCAAUGCUGCACCCGAACCUGCACCUAAACUUGCACCUGAAGCUGCACCCACACCUCUGCCCACACCCAUACCUGAACCUGCAACUGAGGCUUCGGAUAAAGUUACAGAAGCUUCUAUGGAAGAUCAGACGUCCCUCCCUGUCGCUGUAACGCCUGCACCUGCAGCCUUGCAUUCCUCCACACAUGCAACUGAACCUACACCUGUGGCUGCACCUGAGGCCCCUGCUCCUGUUAUCAUCCCAGUCAUGGUAGCCACAAGAGACACUGCCGGCACUGUUGGUGACGCUGCUGCUGCUGCUGCUGCUGCUGCUGCUGCUGCUGCUGCUGCUGUGAGAGACACUGGCUCAACCCUCCUCAUCCAGCAGACUCCAGAGGUGAUCAGAGUCCAGUCCAAACCAGAGAAGAAACCAGGCACACCUCCACCAGCCCCUGCCCUUACCACAGCCACCCCCACCCCCACGCCACGCUCACCCAGCCCUCCUCCGGCUCCAGUGAUAGUCACCCCUCCUCCCCCUGCCAUCAACAUUCCCAGGUUCUACUACCCCCGUGGGCUCCCUGCCAUGGGCCCGGCCACCAACCACGACGCUGCCAUCGCUGCCAUCGAGGCGGCCUUCACUGAGUUUGAGGAGGAGAAGGCUGACAUAUAUGAAAUGGGCAAGAUCGCAAAGGCAUGCGGGUGUCCACUUUACUGGAAGUCCCCAAUGUUCUACUCAGCUGGCGGUGAGAGGACGGGCUUCGUCUCUGUUCACUCCUUUGUCGCAAUGUGGAGGAAGUUGUUGCACAGUUGCCACGAUGAUGCAUCAAGGUUUAUCUCCCUGCUCGCAAAACCCAGCUGUAACUACCUGGAGCAGGAGGACUUCAUCCCUCUACUGCAGGACAUUGUGGAUACACAUCCUGGACUCACAUUUUUGAAGGAUGCACCUGAAUUCCAUUCCCGCUACAUUACAACGGUGAUCCAGCGGAUAUUCUACGUGGUGAACCGUUCAUGGACGGGCCGUAUGACCAUGAUGGAGCUGCGCAGGAGCAACUUCUUACAGACCUUGGCGCUGCUCGAGGAGGAGGACGACAUUAACCAGAUCACUGACUACUUCUCCUACGAACACUUUUACGUCAUCUACUGCAAGUUCUGGGAGCUCGACACUGACCAUGACCUCUACAUCGACCCCAAAGACCUUGCGAGAUACAAUGACCAUGCGUCCUCAAACAGAAUCAUUGAAAGAUUGUUUUCGGGGGCUGUUACCCGGGGUAAUGCUGUGCAGAGGGAAGGCAGGAUGAGCUACGCCGAGUUUGUCUGGUUCCUCAUAUCGGAAGAAGACAAGAAAAAUCCCACCAGUAUAGAAUACUGGUUCCGCUGCAUGGACGUGGAUGGCGAUGGCGUCCUGUCCAUGUUUGAGUUGGAGUAUUUCUAUGAGGAACAGUGUGAGAGGAUGGAAAGGAUGGGCAUCGAACCUUUGCCCUUCCAGGAUUUGCUCUGUCAGAUGCUCGACCUGGUCAAACCUGAGAAUUCAGGUAAGAUAACACUUGGUGAUCUGAAGCGCUGCCGGAUGGCCCACAUAUUCUUUGACACCUUCUUCAACUUGGAGAAAUACCUGGACCACGAACAGAGAGACCCGUUUGCUGUGCAAAAGGACAUUGAUAGUGAAGGUCCAGAGCCAUCUGACUGGGAUAAAUAUGCCUCAGAGGAGUAUGAGAUACUGGUGGCAGAGGAGACUGCAAAUGAACAGCUACAUGAGGGGUCCUUUGAUGAUGACUAUGAACCAGAGGAACUUCAAGUGGCCGGAGAGAUUGGAAAUAAAAUGGAAAAACUGGUCAUAUCUGACCUUACGGCAUAAAACUCCUUCCCUGGAAUUCCUGGGUCUUUUUCUCUGGAAAAAAUAGAACAAAUUGAUUUAAAAACAGAAAAAAGUCUCUUAGGAUGAAUUCAUCAAGAAAACACAUGGACGCAAAGAUAUCCAGAAUAAGAAAACAGUUUUGGCGUCGGACUCAUCUAUUUUUUUUUGCGUGUGUGUGUGACCGUAAACCAGUACUGCUCUGUGUCUGGUGCAAUAACGCAUCUGUUUUCAUACAGAAAACAAUUUCAUUGCCUCCAGCUUUUGGCUCCAUCAUGGAGAACAAAACCGACGAUGGCGGGGAGACAUGUAUGAUAAGCUGGAGAGACAAAAAAAAAAUGUCAUUGUAAAAUAAUGUAAUUGUGAAUUUUCUACAGACAAUCCUGCGAGAAGACAAUCAUGUGAAGGUAGACAAACAGGUAGACUGUCGGAAACACAAAUAGACUCCUAGUUGGAGAAACAGGAGGACACAAACAUAAUUAUAGUGAUAGGCACUGCCGCUGAAAACCCACAGUCACAGCUCAAUAAUGACACAUAGAGACAGACACUGCCGUCAGAAACCUGCUGCCUCUGCAGCUCGUCACUGUGUUCCUUGAAAAGGAAGUCUUUUAACCUCCAUCCCUUCAGGGAGGAAUCAUGUAACAGUUUGGGUGACUGUAACAGCACCUCUCUGUGGCCAGUCUGUGCUACUGCACGCCAUCACGGUCAUGCAUGGGUGCAUAAAGGCUGGCAAACUUCUCCAAGAGGGAGUUCAGUUCACUGCACAGCCCGGGCUGCUCUAUUAUUAGUGCAGCAUUAUCAGCAGCGCUCCACCUCUGGACUCCCUUUGCAGUCAUUUUUAAACCCUGGAUAAAGUGACUACACAGACUGAAAGGUACCACUUUAUUGUGUUAACUCUCAAUCAGGUCACAGUGAGACACAUGCACAUAAGAGGAUGCAUGUUGACAAACAUAUCAAACUCUCUGGUAGAGUUGCCCGCACAUUUCCACCUGUAACAUUUGUAAUAACGCGAUAGAUACGCAUCAGAACUGUGACUUGUCUCUGUCCGUCUCACACCCAGCACAUCACACUGUAUGUUUUCUCACGUCCUUGUUGAUUGUGUACAGUAUAUUUGGGAAUAACUUGGAUCUGUUUUUGAAAUUAAUGCCAAAAAUGUUUCUGCUUAGACGUCUCAUUGACAUGCACCAUUUUGUUGAUGUAACUCUCUGAUGUCCAUUUUCCCUGCAAUACACACACAGUAUCAAACAGACCACUAACAAUGCCUCUUAAAGGGUCAGUUCAUACAAAUAAUGAAAAAAAGAUACAUUCUCACAUCUUUAGUGGCAUCUAGCCUGCAGAUAGGUUUGGUGUGAUUUGCAGAAGUUUUAUGAAAUCCAUCUCUGAGAUUUUUGCCACAAACACAUUAAAAUGGAAAUUAAUAGAUCUUAGUUUGCGGCUCUUACAACACUGACAUUAACCACAGUAAUAGGGAUUUUUUAGUGUUGUUUUUCCAUCUUUUAAAGGAGCACUGGAGGAUUUCAUUUAAUGUGGCAGUGAGGAUUGCAGCCAGUUGAAACUUCCAUGUGAACUCCCGGUUAUAAUUCUUUCAGUGUUCAUUGUUCAGGAAGUUUUUACCAGGAGCCAGGUUAUCUGCAGAGGUCUCCUGCCCUCCUAAACAA